UGAUGCUGUACAUGGGGGGAGAGGGAGAUAAGAGAUUAGGAUGAGCUGGGUGAUAACACCUCCACAGGUAGUUAGUCUCUUCUCUUUUGGGCUCCCUUGAGGUCAAAUCAUGGGAGAUCUUAGGCUAACGCUGUUGCUACUGAUGGUUGUGGGUCUUCAAGAGUCCCUAUCCCAGGACCCUAAACCCGUCGUCUACCGCCUUCCCUCCACCAUCACCCCACGGUUGUACACCCUCCGGCUAGAACCUAGCCCCGACCUCGGACAAGUCAACGGAACCAUCAGGAUUGAAGUCUCCACCCAUGGAACGAACGAAACACUUACCUCCAUUGCGCUGCAUUAUGGUGCUAACGGAACAGUUAACGCGACAUCUGCCGCUAUUAUCGACAUGGACGGUACAGUUAUGAUGCCUGGGGCUGUUAGUUUGGAUGACGAGAACUCUUUGCUUAUCCUGGAGUUGAAGGAUGGACAAGCUCUGAAGCUAAACUACACUUAUGUGAUAUCUCUCCAUUUUACAUCGCCCCUGGGUACCUCAACUAAAGGACUUUUCUACGGCUAUUACAACUCCACUAGCAAGUACAUUGCCAGCAACUUCAGGCCGGUGUAUGCUCGUGAAGUGUUUCCCUGUUUUGAUGAACCACAGUUUAAGGUUCCUGUAUCUCUACAAGUUGUUCGACCCACCUCGUACUACUCUUUGUCUACAGCUGGUUCCCCAACCUCCGAACCUUUAUCAGAUGAUAAGGUUUUGGACACCUUUCCCAACACUGGUCCCAUCUCCAUCCACUCUCUUGGUAUCUUCAUAAGUCAGGUGGCUCCGGUCUCGUCCAUGGGUGUGAAAGUUGUCGUCCCUCCGUCUCUUCCAGUAACUAUCUAUUGGCUCAACAUCCUCAUCACCAAUGUGGUCAAACAGUAUGGAAAGUUCCCACAGUCACCACUCAACCUCAUUGUUCUACCAGACAAAACACUAACUACUUUCUCUAGUCUUGGCUUCGUGUUUACCAGCCCUGAGGUCUACCAAGGGACGGUUGGCAGCAUUUUGCAGUGGACAAGUCUGCAACUCAAGCUAACUGAGGAGUUUCUUCGUCAAUACCUGGAGUUCUCCAAAACUCCUCAGUGGUGGUCGGAGUUGUGGUUGUCCGAGAGUGUUGGGGCAUACUUGGCCAUUCCCUUCCAGCAAGGCGAGACACCGCUACAAGAUUGGCUAAAGAUUGUGGUCAGAAGUGAGGCUCUUGGAGGGUACACCAGUCCUUCAGGAGCAGUCAUCACUGCUGAAGACCUGACCAAGUGGGACAUUGAAAACAUCAUCAGCAACCAGACCAUCAAGCUGAAAGGACUGAGCACACUUCUGAUGUGGCAAAACACCAUGGCAGUUAAAGUAGUCCAGAAGACACUGUCAGACUUCAUCAAGUUAGAAAAAUCGGUAGUAACGACCACGGACCUGGUCAACAUAAUGGUGAAGUACAUUAAACAAAGCAAAUCUUACAACUGUACAGCUGCCAUUCCCCUCCUUCCCAACUGGAUCAGCCAGCCUUGUAGUCCACUGGUGAACUUCGCUAUCAACUCCAACUCAACCUACAACCUAGCCCAGGAAACGCCUUGGUGUACACCAGCUGAACGCUCCAUCUCUGUUGCUAUAGCUGUCGGGCAGACUCCUAAAUGGAACAACUUUCGCCAAGGCAAUUGGCUUUUGGACACCUCAGCCAACUUUACUUGGGACAACAUCUCUGAAGCAAGUGUCAUCAACAUAGAAACUGCUCCAUUCCGAGUGAACUACCCGGUGGACCAGUGGAAUGUACUGAUCAAUGCUUUGUCUACCGGAUGGGCUCCGUUAUCUGUUGCCAGCGCAUUGCAAGAUGAUGCCGUGGCUCUUUCGCUUCAAGGCUUCUUAGACUUCUCCGUUGGACUUUCAGUCCUCAACAGUACAGACCGCACCAGCCUAGACCUAGGCUGGUGGCCAAUAGUCAAGGCUACUGAGGCCAUCUCUGCUAAACUCGGGAAUAGUUACUACGGUUUAAGUGCAUUUGGGAAAUACUUUGCUGACCUAUUCUCUGCUGAUUUACUGGCCGAGCUUGACUUAAAUAACAGUGCCAACUACACAAACGCAAGCGUUGUGAGAGAGCUAGUCACUCCUUGGCUCUGUCGUUUCAACAUCGGCACAUGCAGAACAGCUGUCGUGAACCUGGGAGCUUCUCUAUGGCAGGGCAAUACUUCUAAUAUUGCACCAAGUGAUCUAGAGAAUGUAGCUUGCUACGGAGCCCGCUACACUCCCGGUGCCCUGGGUCCGCUGCUGACUGCCUACCAGAAUGCUACGGAUAUGACACUGAGACGAUACUUCACCAUUGCUCUGUCCUGCCUGACGGACCAAGACAGCGUAAACAAUCUAUUGUACACGAUUGUCAAUUCACAAACAACCUUCAAGGCCCAAGAUUCGGCAGUCAGUCUAGACACUAGUGAUGCUGAGGAAAUUCUGGUUGGACUUGCUUCCAGUGUAGAAAAUGCACAAACUGUCUUGACCUUCUUACUCAGUGAGGGUUUGGAUGUUCAAGAAAGAUUCGGAGUUGGCACCCUUUCCUCAGUCAUCAAGAGCCUUGCUAAUAACAGAGCGAACCUUACUCAGCUCUCUUCACUGCUAAACCAAAACUUGGCUCCAUAUGUGAUUCAAUCCGUGGAGGAAGCUCUUGUCACGGCCACCUCGAGUCAAACUUGGUAUUCCACCUACAGUAGCCAACUGUACAAGGCUCUACCUGCUGGAGAUAUUCCACCAACAACGGCGGCCGCUUCAACAACUCCUGGCCUCACGACGGUCUUCUCUACCCCUACACCGACACCAGGGGGGCAUAGCGCCGCAGCAGGUCUCACCGACUUCAGAGUAUUCACAACUAUUCUGACAGCUCUAAUGAUAACUUUAGACUUUAUGCUACGUUAAUUUGUAAUUUGUAAUAUUUGUUUUAUCUUUUAAAUAAAUAACUUUUUUGGAA